ACUUGUUGAUGGACACCCGUAACGUUUAAAAAAGUCCAUGCGGCAUACCGGACGCUGGUGGAAAGUGAAGCCGCCACAUUGCAUCCUCACAAUCCCACCCAGGUGCGGACUUCACUCUUUGUCCUGCUCAACGAACAUUGAACAGAAGCCGGGUUGAAUUAUUUUGCGUGCGCGGCAAGCGUUCCGUCGCGAAUACGCCACUUCUCUUCAACGUGUUCUUUCCUCUGCCGUUGACGGAGGCUCCUGGAUUUGUGAACCGGCCAGGGCUGAGUCCCGGUCCCGCAAGCGCCGGCCAUGAGCACCGACUACGCCUACGACGAGGAGGGCUACCUCUGGCCUUUCUUCGUCUUUACCCUCGCCCUGAUCAUCACACUUCCUCUCACAUACCUACUAGUUAAUCGGUCGCGAGACCCAGCCGCCUCCUUCCCACGCAUCCAAACCAACUUCAAACAUGCCCACGCGGACACGGUCGAUUCCCUGCGCAAGCAGGAGAAACGCAAGGAUAGGAAACUGUGGCUGAUCUUCGCCGUCAUCACGGGUUGGACCGUCAUGGGCUACAUGCUUUACCUCAUCCAGACGACUGAGGCCCCGACUCACAAACUUUGGAACCCCUACGAUAUCCUGGGCAUCUCCGAGUCGGCUACCGAGAAGCAGAUCAAGAGCACCUACAAGAAGCUAUCUCUCAAGUUCCACCCCGACAAGGCCAAGCCGGACCCGGCCAAGAACGAAACCAUCGACGACCUGAACGCGCGCUACGUCGAAAUCUCCAAAGCCUACCAGGCAUUGACAGACGAGGACGUCCGCAACAACUACAUUCAGUACGGCAACCCGGAUGGAAAGCAGGGAUACAGCAUCAACAUUGCGCUGCCCAAGGUCAUUGUGUCGGACGGCAACGGCAAGUACGUCGUGCUGCUCUACUCGGUGCUCUUCGGCGUUCUCUUGCCCUACGUGGUCGGGUCUUGGUGGUACGGCACGCUCCGCCGCUCUAAGGAGGGCGUCCUGAUGGAGAGCUCCAACCGGCUGUUUCGCGAGUAUAAGGAUAGCAUCGAUGAGGGUGGCGUUGUGACGGCUCUGAGUACAGGAAAGGAGUUCGAGGAGCUCUUUAAGGGAGACAAGGCCGAUUCGGGCCUGUCCAAGGUGGAAUCCAGGAUCCUAGCUGAGGGCGAGCUCACCUCUCUCGCCGGCGGUCUUUCUCUUAAGGAUAAGGAGAAGCUGGAGGAUCUCGAGAGCGGCCCGCAACGAAAGGCGCUGGCGCUGCUGUGGGCAUAUCUCGGCCGGAUCGAGCUCGACGACCCCGAGCUGAACAAGGCCAAGUUCGCCGUCGCUCCCAUCGCGCACUCGCUCACUAAGGCCUUCAACGCCAUCGCGCUCGCCUACAUGAACACAGGCCCUCUCCUGGCGUCUUACUAUGCCAGCCAGAACAUCAUUCAAGCCGUCCCUCCCAGGUCGUCACCCCUACUUCAGCUGCCCCACUUCACCCCGGCCGUCGUCAAGGCAGUCGAGGGCGACUCGCGGGUCCACACCAGCCUUCAAGGCUUCAUGGAUAGGCCGGACGCGAAGCGGCGUAGUCUUGUGGUUGGCAACGACCUCCUUACCGAGGAGCAAUACCGCGAGGCCAUCACCGUGGCCAAGCAGCUCCCUUUCCUGCGCGUCGCCAAGGCGUACUUCAAAGUCACGGGCGAACGUUUUAUCAUUCCCUCGUCCCUGGUGACACUCGUCGUCAAGGGCCGCUUCGUGCCGCCCGGCAGCGAGAACGUGCCCGAGAUCAACCCGGCCGACCUGGAAGACAUCGACCCGGCCGAGGACGACCUGGACGCCCUCUCGGGCCGCAAGACGCGCAAGCUGGUCGGCAAGGACGAGAAGACGGGCAAGCCCAUCUACGAGACCUCGGAGACGGAGCUCGUGGCGCCGCCGCUGGCGAAUGCGCCGUACUUUGCGCGCGACCAUAGCCCCCGGUGGCACGUCUUCUUGACAGAUUCCAAGCAAGGGCGCGUCGCGGUGCCGCCGUUCACGUUUGCGCAGUUUGACCGCCCCGUCUUGGAGGCCGACGGCAGGACGCCGACGUUUGCCAUGCAGACGCUCAAGGCGCAGUUCCAGGCGCCGCCGCAGGCCGGGCACUACACGUUCGUUAUGCACGUGGUGUGUGACAGUUAUGUGGGAUUCGAUACCAAGAUGGAGGUGACGCUCAUUGUGGAGGAGGCGAGCAAGGCGGCCGAGAUGGAGGUUGAGGAUGAGAUUAGUGAGCCGGAAGAGGAUUCCAUCGCGGGCAUCAUGCACGCUGCCAAGGGCGGCCAGCCGAAGCGGAGGAAACCACAGGUCGAGGAGGACGACUCGGACGAGGAGAGCGGGACGGACGACGAGGAUGAUGAUACCAGCGCGACAAACACGGAUACGGAGCCGGAAAACUAGAUUGGCGUUUUCUUGUUCAUAAGUACAAGUUAGGGUUGAUUGGCUAUGCAUGCUGUGGUAAUUGUACAUAUUGGCGUUUCCUGUUGCUAUGAUGGACUGGUGUGCGCCGUGGUUGAGAAGUAAAGCAAAGCAUCUACCGAUCCGUAUCCCUGAAAUCUGUCAAUUCCUGGAGCAUUAUUUCUGUGUGGAUAGCGUCAAGUUGGUUUGCUCAUGGAUAAGAAUAGAGAGAACUCUCGUA